AUGGUUGGCAGGGCUAUCUUCGCACGCGAUGACCCCCGCCUCCCAGUUCAUGUGUCUCGAGGCGAGCUGAGACCGCAAGUCUUUCAGCACUCCUCUCGACAUCAGGAUUUGGGACCUCAGACUGAAACUGCUACUCAAGAUAUUUUGCCAGCAAUACAAACGUGCAGACAUGAGCCCUUGCGAAAGUGCCCGACUAUUGACGGUAAUUUGGGUUCUGAUUAUAUAGAUUCCAGCAUUUUAAUAUUAAAUGUUAUUUUAUUACACACUACUUUUGUUUAA